AGCUGUUGUCAAAGCUGAAGAUACGUCACAAGUUGAGUAGCUCCACCCAGUUCCACACAGAGUAUCUCCAGAGCCGGUCGUUGAACUCAAAGGGCAGCAGUCGCUUGGGAAUGCCGUUUGUACAAUUUGACAGUCUGAAAGAUCGUUAUCACUAUCACUUGAAUCAUUGAUUUCGCUGUUGCACUUUGCACAAUAUGAGAUGCCAUUGUAUCCAUUGGUGCUAGUAGAGAGUGAAUUUCCUGUUUCGCUGGCCAUCCAAUUCAAGGUAUCUGCGCCAUUAUUACUAACCAUGUGGAGUUCGACACUUUGUAGUGCGAUAGAAAAACAAAAUUAGAAAAGAAGUCUUCGAAUUUCAAACUUGGCAAACAAAUAGAAAACUCACCAAUCUGGUGUCACCUUCCAUUCAAUUCGUGUAUCCGUCGAACCACCAUUACAAUUCACCUUUUCCGCGUACCAAUGAUGAAAAUAUCGUCCACUUUUUACCAGGCGGACCGGAUAAUCAUUCCAACUGCCAUCGGGAGGCGCGAUGCAUGCAGCAUUAAGACCACUUGGAUAAAAAGAAAUGCUUGUCCCGCCACCAGAUAUUUCUGAAGCCUGAUCAGAAAGAUCAAUGGUUGCUUUCAUUCCUUUGUCGAUCUCGAGUUUAAACUUGAUAUAGGCCGAAUCAAACCUGAGGACACGGUCUACGAACCUGGUUUUGACGGCACAUGGUAAGGCUGAGAAUCCAGGACCAACAGUUCCGUCGAAACGGCUACAACCAUUGUUUGAGGCACUGGGCCACGCCCACCCGUGGCGUGAUCCCCAUUGGGGACCAUUGAGCUGAGUACUAUGAACCAGGUCUCGAGAGAGCGACGAGGCUUUGGGAGCAGAAGGAGGGGUAUCAGAAGGCACGGAGCUUGGGUUGACAGAAGGAUGCAGAGAAGGCACUGCUGAAGGAUUGCUACUUGGAAUCCAAGAGGGCUUCAAGCUUGGAACGUAAGAAGAGCAGGCAGAAGGCGCCGAGCUUGGUACAGAACUGGCAGAAGGAUUCUGUGACGGUUUGGAGCUUGGUUUGGAAGAAAACGUGGCAGAAGGUUCUGAGCUUGGCACAGUACUGGCAGAAGGAUUCUGCGACGGUGUUGAACUUGGUUUGGAAGAAAUCAAGGCAGAAGGUUCUGAGCUUGGCAUAGUACUAGCAGAAGGAAUCUGCGACGGUAUUGAGCUUAACUCAGACGUAGGCAAGGCAGAAGGUUUUAAGCUUGGCACAGUACUGGCAGAAGGAUUGUGGGAUGGGAUCCCACUCGGAUUUUCGCUGGGAACAUUACUGAUGUCAACAGAAGGUUUUGAGCUUGGCACAGCACUGGUAGAAGGAUUCUGGGAUGGGAUACCACUCGGAAGUUUGCUAGGACCGUUGCUAUAUACAGUACUGGGCUCAGCAGAAGGCAUCGAGCUCGGAAUUGAAAUUGGUCGUCCGGAAGGUUCUCGCGAAGGCGCAGAGCUCAAUGCCAUGGAAGGAAUUCCAGAUGGCAUCGCUGAUGAAACAACACCACUAGGGGCAUUGCUAGUUCGAGAAGAAGGCAUCGAGCUGGCCAUUGAACUUGGACCAAUUGAAUGUUCUCGCGAAGGCAUGGUGCUAGAUAUUUUCGAAGGACCUACAGAAGGCACAUCUGAUGGAAUACUACUAGAGGACACACUUGGCUCGGAAGAAGGCUCAGCAGAAGGUAGAGAGCUUGGAACAAUACUGGGCAUGUGGCUUGGUUUCAAACUAGGCUUUACAGAGAUACUUGGGCUGCCACUUGGCUGUGAACUUGGUUCAUUACUUGGUGGUAGAGCAACAACUGCGCCGUCUAAACCCUCGUCUUCAAGCUUGGCAGAAAAACCACCACUUGCAAUGUCAGUUUCAACGCUACUCGAUGAAUCAGCUGUAUUUAUCUGGGUUGCUGGCGAUGCAGUGAUGGUACAUGAGCAUUCAAAACAUACUUUCCCAGAAAUGUCUUCUUGUGAUUCGAAGGAACAUGAUUGAUCUUCGCAUUUUACGUCAAUAUCGACACCAUCCAAAUUUUCACUCGGUGAACUGUCUUGUUCGAGUUUUCGUGUUAGUGAACCAAUGACCAUUGAGGUAACAACUUUUGUGUAAGCAUCCUCAACUUGAGCCGCUGUUGUACCAGGAUUGAAAGCACUAUUCGUAACCGAAGUUGUGGAAGGCACGUCGGUGGGCGAAGCUGAAGGUGAUGAAGAUGGUUCAUCACUUGGCUUUUCUGAUGGCUCAUCAGAUGGAACCUUGGAUGGAACGUUGGUGGGUGCGAAAGUCUGGCCUGUAAAUGAUGGCUUUUCGCUUAUACUUGGCCGUACACUUGGGGUAUCGCUGGGUUGAAAAGUGGGCAGUGAGCUCGGCUGAGAAGAUUGUUGGGCAGUUGGCUCUGUGCUAGGACUUGCACUCGGCUGUGAGUUUGGUAGAGAGCUUGGUAGAGAGCUAGGCUGAGAUGUUGAUAGCAGAUGUGUUGGUUUCAUCGAAGGUAUCGUGGAAGGCACCGUGGAAGGCACCGUGGAAGGCACCGUGGAAGGCACCGUGAAAGGCACCGUGGAAGGCACCGUGGAAGGCCUCGUGGAAGACCUCGUGGAAGGCCUCAUGGAAGGCAUGUCAGAUGGAAAUACCGUGGGAACAGGAAUGUCAUAGCAUGCCCUGCACCUAUUGGGGCAAAAAUCUAAAACAAGCUUUCCGUUACCUGCCUUUCUUGUGCAGUCGCGCCGUCUGAUCUUUUUACAAAACUUACUUUUGCCACGAAUCUUUACCUUCCUCGAGUCGAUGCACGAGCAUCGGAGAUCGCACGCAGAAGGACAGUUCCUCUUUACACCGUUUCGUUUACGGCACCUGUCUAUCGGAUUUUUGGCGACCCAAGCACAAUUUCGGUUCCGAUUCCUAUUCAAUUUAAAUUCGGGAUUGUCCAUGUCACAACUCGCUCUCGCGGAAGGUUCUCGUACAUCGCUAGCUAUUGAUGGAGCAGCACUGCGAAAGCUCUGGCAUUUCUUUUUGCAGACAAGAGGGCAGAAAUGUAGCACCUUCUUCCGGCUUCCUGUAUGUAUCAGGCCGCAUCUAACAUAUCUGUUCCUCUUUGCGACCCAAUCACAGUUGUGAUUCUUAUUGCCAUUCAACCGAAACGAUUCAUCGUUAAUACAGCUGCUCUCAUUUUCAUUAAAAUAAAGCCUCUCGUUCGGUUGUGAAAGCGGGUGCAGUUGUCGUCUGAUCCAACUCGUCGACGACCAUUCAACCUCUGGUAGAUUAGAUUGUGCUUCAGACCCCGCAUUCGACUCGGUUUCAUUUACCAUAAUGCGACCAUUGACCCAUGCGCCACUCAUUCUUUCUGAUAAAGCAUGAGGGUCGUCGCCGUCGAUGCUAUAAUCUGGCAGAAGGUGACUACUCGUAUCAGCAUAGAUCGAGUGGUCGAUGAAUCGGACGAGGACGAAAAGAGCGGUGAGUGAUUUCAUCAUGGUCAUCUUCUGGCGAUGCUUUCUAUGAAAAAAAUAUUCGAACAUGUAAACUUCGACACCAAGUCAAUUUGUGAAAUAAUUGCGUAUUUUUUGC